GGAUAUACGGUAGGUAGCCACUACAACAUAUGACAAGCUACGUAUCUUUAUCUAUUGUUUUACCUACAUAUAAUUUAAUCCUAUUGGCAUAGCCCACAUUGUAUUACAAUUUACACUCAUACUCGCCUUUUAUGUCCAGCGGGUUAGCAAAGACAUAAUUAAUGCACGGGCACUUCGCUGUAUGUAUUCCGUCCGACGAUGUGUUAAAAUUUAGAUUACUUAAAGAAAUGAAAAUUCACUGGCGAACGGGACCAUGGAAAAGUUACGUGAAUUCAAACGCAGAAAACAAUUUAAAAUCAGCAACAAUUGAAUCCAUUGUUCAAAAAAUUUGUAAUAUUACGUUAAAGUCUUUGUCAAAUAAAACGCAAGAAGAGCAAUCUUUAGUUUUGGCUAACAUUGAGGAUAAACUUAAAAAAUCGGCUAUCGGCGCUGGUACGGAAGGACGCAAAUAUGUCAAAUUUCUUAUGCACGCAAUAAAAUUAGUAGCUUCCAAUAUUUCUAUACAAAUGAAUUCUAAAAAAUUGUCUCCUGAUAAUAUUACUCAUUUAAGAACUAAUGAAUCUUGGACUACGGAAUCUGUCAUUGACGAAAUAAAUGCAAAGAAACAAGCGAUAAACAAUAUUGCCGCUAAAAUAGAGAAAUUAGCUCAAAAAUACUUGAAAGAUGCAAACACCCCUGAAUCAAAGCAAGCAGUUGUAGAUACAAUAAGAAGAAAAGUUAUGGAUGCAGCUAAUAAACGGCAUAUGAUGAUUCACAAUAAACAUAAAGAAAUAAAAUCGUACAGCAAUAUUAUAGCGGAGGGUAUUGAUCUGAUGAUUAAGAAAAACGAAGCUAAAAAUACCCGAAGAAUCGGCUACGAGGACGAUGAUAAAAAAUAUAAUAAAGGAGUCCGUCUUAAAAUUAUGCAUGCUCCAUUAAGUUCUACAAUCCCUCAGCAAAUCUUAAAAAAACCUACGCAAUUUGAUUGCGAAGAAUUUGUGGACGAAAUGUGUGAGAGUACAAAAUUAUUACAAACCUUUAGCUGUCCUUAUGAGAGUAAUACUUUGCCUUUGGAGAAAUUGUGUAAUGGCAUAUUUGACUGCUAUGAUAAAACUGACGAACGAGACUGCGCUGAGCAAGCAAUAGACAAGAUUCAGAAUGCUGGUCGCAUCAUGUCCCAAGUGGAAGCAGCGAUAUCACGACAAUGUAUAUCGCCAAGUUUGAAUAAACAGAUUUUGUCCGAACAGAAUCAAGUUUUACGGACAGUUCUAAAAUCCCAACUUCACUUCAUAGAGAAAUACGCAAAUCCACCGAUAGCCGAACUUAUAAACCCUAGAAGGAACGAACUUAACAAAAAUAUCAUUAAAAAAACAGUGAAUGAAGUGGCUUUAGUGGUGACUUCAUUAGCAAAUGCCCUAGAUGGAUCUCUUUGCGCAAGAAGAUUUGGCUAUGACAACAUUGAAGAAGCUGCUCUUAAAUACAGUGGGGAUGUCAGCGCCGAUGAGGCUUUUGAUCAAGUCUCAGGAUCUGUUUCGGGAACUAUGAGGUCGUGUGUUUGUAACGGUAUGGCCUGCGCAAAUGACACUUGCAUUGAUUUAUGCGAGCAGGUUUGUUGGCAAAGAUUUAGUUUGGGUCGAUGGCCCUGCCGAUCAGUGGAUGAUAGUCCGAGUAUAUCUUUGGAUUCUAUUUGUGAUGGAAAAUUAGACUGUUAUGAUGAAACCGAUGAAACUGGUUGUUCAUUAGGUAGCUACAGUAAAUUCGAAGCUGGCAAUAUGUAUAAUAAUGUUCUUAAACUAAUAUCGGCAAAGACAAGAAUACAAGAAUAUCAUUUUGUUCUGCCCGAUCUCCUAAUUUUAUAUAAUGAAGUAAAACUGAUUCAAAAGCUCAGUGUCCAGCGAGAAGUUGAAAUAAUAAACAUCAAAAUCGCGAGAGAAAAAUGUUUUUCGACAAUUAAUUUGAUAUACGAAGCAUUUUUAAAUCUGAACGAUGUUGAGAAACUAAACAAUGGUUAUGAAUUUUUAUCGUCAGUAAGUGAAAAUUUAAUUAAUGCUAUGAAACGCUCUAGGACCGGUAACGACAGGAUCAUAUCAUCAGAUAGAUGCUUAUGCACUGGAUCUCGUUGCGCUAUGAUUAGGUGUUCUAAAAGGUGUACUAGAGCCUGUUCAGUGGAACCCCAACUAACAAGGUAUCAUUGCGGAAAUAUAAAACUGAAUGAAGUUGUUCCAAUCAAUGCUGUAUGUAAUGGAAAGUCUAACUGCCAUAAUGAGGUAGAUGAAGAAAAUUGUUCGAAAGAAGUCUGUCGCACACAUCAUCUGGUAUUACUACGUCAUAAAUUAAAAGAUAUUGGGCUGCAACAAAAAGGGACUGCUCUUGGCGAAAUAUUAACUGCCUGGAAAACGAAGGUAACGUCUACAAUACAAAUAGCGGAGAAGGAGAGCAGACCGACACCGACUAUACUAAAAGACAUCAUCAGCAACAUUCUUCGGGACUUGGUCAUGUCGUACGCAUCUCAGGAGUAUACUAGGCGAAACAACACAGUAAAGGAGUUCGUCAAAAUCUCACAAUUGGUAAUCGAAUCUAUAAAAUCGUGUGGCCAGUAAA